AUGGAAAAAGUUGAGGCAAUUGAUAUUAGGGAGAAUAAAUAUUUGGAAUUAGCUGGUUACGAAAAGCAACAAGCUUCAUAUACCUUCACAACACUCAUUGGAAAGUUUGAUGACAUACUCAAAGAGAACGAGGCUUUGUGUACUCGUAUGACGGUUGUACAAGCCACAGAAUAUGUGUAUACGGUAUACGACAAACAAAAGCACUUCACUGUUUGCCUCAAGGAAAAAAAAUGCUCAUGUACUGCAUUUCAACUAGAUGAGAUACCACGUGCACAUGCUUGUGCGGUGUUAGAGAGAAAAAAUUUUGAGAAGAGGCCAUACUAUUGUGAUUUGUUAAAACCAAAAACUGUUUUGAAGACAUAUGAUGUUCUCAUCUACCCGUUACCACACAAAGAUGACUGA